AUGCGCCUGCUGCGGGCCCUGCUCGGCCUCUGGCUGCUGGCCGAAGCGGUCCUGGCUUCCCGGGUACGUACCCGCCGGGAGCUGGGUCCCGGUUUGUAUGAGCACGGGGUCUAUGAUGCCGGUGGGUCCUACUGCCAGCGAGGGGACGUCUGCUGCCACGGCCGUAACGAUGGCUGCACCGUGCCCUACCACGACACCCUCUGCUACUGUGACCUCUUCUGCAACCGCACCGUCUCCGACUGCUGCCCUGACUUCUGGGAGUACUGCCUGGGCAUUCCGGCCCCUUUCCCCAAAGCUUCAGGCUGUGCCCGCGCCGGCCGCAACUACCCCACCGGAGCCACGUACCGGGAGAACUGCAACCUGUGCACCUGCAGCCCUGGCGGGCAGUGGCAGUGUGAGGACCAUGCCUGCCUGAUGGAUGGGGAGCUGAUCGACGCUGUCAACAGGGGCAAUUACGGCUGGAGAGCCGCCAACUACAGCCAGUUUUGGGGCAUGACACUGGAGGACGGGAUCCGGUACCGCCUGGGCACCUUCCGACCCUCUCCCACCGUCAUGAACAUGAACGAGAUGCACAUGAACAUGGACUCCAACGAGGUGCUGCCUCGCCACUUUGACGCGGCGGCAAAGUGGCCCGGGAUGAUCCACGAGCCCUUGGAUCAGGGCAACUGCGCCGGUUCCUGGGCCUUCUCCACGGCAGCCGUCGCCUCGGACCGCAUCUCCAUCCACUCCAUGGGACACAUGAAGCCCGCCCUGUCACCCCAAAACCUCCUGUCCUGCGACACCCGCAACCAGCGGGGCUGCAGCGGGGGCCGGCUGGACGGUGCCUGGUGGUACCUCCGCAGGCGAGGGGUGGUGACAGACGAGUGCUACCCCUUCACCAGCCAGGAGAGCCAGCCGGCGGCACAGCCCUGCAUGAUGCACAGCCGCUCCACGGGCAGGGGCAAGCGGCAGGCGACGGCACGCUGCCCCAACCCCCAGACCCACGCCAACGAGAUCUACCAGUCCACCCCUGCCUACCGCCUCUCCUCCAGCGAGAAGGAGAUCAUGAAGGAGCUGCUGGAGAAUGGCCCCGUGCAAGCCAUCCUGGAGGUGCACGAGGAUUUCUUCAUGUACAAGAGCGGGAUCUAUCGGCACACGCCGGUGGCUGAGGGGAAGGGGCCGAAGCACCAGAGACAUGGGACCCACUCAGUCAAAAUCACCGGGUGGGGAGAAGAGCAGCUGCCUGAUGGCCAGACCCAAAAAUACUGGACUGCAGCCAACUCCUGGGGCACAGCGUGGGGCGAAGGUGGCUACUUUCGCAUCGCCCGCGGCGUCAACGAGUGCGAAGUAGAGACCUUCGUGGUGGGCGUCUGGGGCCGCGUCAGCAUGGAGGACAUGCCCCACAAGUGA